CUUCGAACCCCAAAACUCUCACCACCUCAAAUCCGCCACUGCAUUUCUCCACAGAAUCGUAAACGGUGUCGUUUUGAGGAGAGAGAAGAGAAGAGAAUGGUGUCCACGGCGGCGAGAGUAGAUCUGGACGGGAAGCCGAUAAAGCCGAUGACGAUAUGCAUGAUCGGCGCCGGUGGCUUCAUCGGGUCCCACCUCUGCGAGAAGCUGAUGGCGGAGACGCCGCACAAGGUCCUAGCCUUGGACGUUUACAAUGACAAGAUCAAGCACCUGCUGGAGCCAUCCGACGGUCAUCCUUGGUCCGAUCGCAUCCAGUUCCACCGCCUCAACAUCAAGCACGACUCCCGCCUUGAAGGCCUCAUCAAGACCUCAGAUCUGACUAUCAAUCUGGCCGCGAUCUGUACUCCGGCGGACUACAACACGCGCCCGCUGGACACUAUUUACAGCAACUUCAUCGAUGCCUUGCCUGUGGUGAAGUACUGUUCUGAAAACAACAAGAGGCUGAUUCACUUUUCGACUUGUGAAGUGUAUGGGAAGACCAUUGGAAGCUUUCUUCCUAAAGAUAGCCCCCUUCGUCAGGAUCCUGCAUAUUAUGUGCUUAAUGAAAAUGAUUCUCCUUGCAUCUUUGGGUCUAUCGAAAAGCAAAGAUGGUCUUAUGCCUGCGCAAAGCAAUUGAUUGAGAGGCUAAUAUAUGCUGAGGGAGCAGAAAAUGGUCUUGAGUUUACCAUUGUGAGACCCUUUAACUGGAUUGGACCUAGGAUGGAUUUCAUUCCCGGCAUUGAUGGCCCAAGUGAGGGUGUUCCAAGAGUUCUAGCAUGCUUUAGUAAUAAUCUUCUUCGUCGCGAGCCACUCAAGCUGGUAGAUGGUGGCGAAUCCCAAAGAACAUUCGUGUAUAUAAAGGAUGCUAUUGAUGCUGUUAUGUUGAUGAUUGAAAAUCCUGCUAGGGCCAACAGUCACAUAUUCAAUGUGGGCAACCCCAACAAUGAAGUCACAGUUAGGCAGCUCGGUGAAAUGAUGACUGAGGUUUAUGCCAAGGUGAGUGGUGAGCCAAAACUUGAGCAACCAACUGUUGAUGUCAGCUCAAGGGAAUUUUAUGGAGUGGGAUAUGAUGAUAGUGAUAAGAGAAUUCCAGACAUGACCAUCAUCAACAGGCAGCUUGGCUGGAAUCCAAAGACUUCAUUAUGGGACUUGCUUGAAUCAACCCUCACGUAUCAGCACAGGACGUAUGCCGAGGCUAUUAAGAAGGCCAUUUCCCAACCAGCUUCCACAAACUAAAUAAACUUGGGUUUUGACGCCAAUCACGUAUUCGUCCUUAGGUGUGCUGUUGUUUGGCAGGUGUUCAAAUUCUUUUCUAUGAAAUCUUAAUAUGUAACCUUAUGUUUGAUUCGAAUAUAUAGUACAUUUUUUUUCGUCUCACGGAUGUCGUUAGUUAAUAGUUCGUGGUAGAGCUCAGCAUUUUGUGCUUGGAAUGUUUGCAGUAUAUCUAGAUGUCCUUAGAAAACUAUAUCAAGUUACAGUAAUUUGUCACCUGAGCUUUUGCAACGACAUGCUGAGGAUUAUAGGCCACUAUACAAUUGAAGCUGGUUUUGUUCUUUUGGGGAUGUGUUCGUCCUUCCUCCAUUUGGGGCAUAUAUUGUAUUAUUUUCGAUAACCUUUCAGCUUAUGAUUUUCUUGGUUAAUCAUUAUUAUAUUUAUUAUUUCAAGCAUA